AAGAAAAAGCCUAGCUCCCCCGCCCCAUCCCGGUCGAGAUCUACCUUUGAAAUACAAGAUCUCUUCCCUUCAGAUGCGUAGCAGAUCCUCUGCCCUUUGGACGCUCGUUCGCACUUGUGACUUUCCGUCUUGAAAAAGAAAAUCACCGCCGCCACACACACACACACACACACACACACCCCCGGGCGACCGACCCCUCAUCAAUUCUUUCAACCACACCAUGAUCCCUUCUGCCAACGGCUCCUCCAACGAGACCGCCGGCGGGGCUGCCGAGAGCGGCCGAGCCCCGACCAUUCCCACGAUCAUGUUCAUCUUCGGGGUGGUGGGCAACUUGAUCGCCAUCGUCGUGCUCUGCAAAUCCCGGAAGGAGCAGAAGGAGACGACUUUCUACACGCUGGUGUGCGGCUUGGCGGUCACCGACCUCCUGGGCACCUGCUUGGUCAGCCCGGUCACCAUCGUCACCUACCUGCAGAAUAAGUGGCCCGGGGGGGACCAGCUGUGUGAAUACAGCUCCUUCAUCCUGCUCUUCUUCGGGCUCUCUGGACUCAGCAUCAUCUGCGCCAUGUCGAUUGAGAGGUACCUGGCCAUCAACCACGCGUACUUCUAUAACCAUUACGUGGAUAAGAAGCUGGCCGGGCUGACCCUCUUUGCCAUCUACGUCUCCAAUGUCCUCUUCUGUGCUUUGCCCAGCAUGGGGCUGGGCAAAACCACCCUGCAGUACCCCAAGACGUGGUGCUUCAUAGACUGGCGGACAAACGUGUCCACCUAUGCCGCUUACUCGUACAUGUACGCCGGCUUCAGCUCCUUCUUGAUCAUGGUCACCGUGGUCUCCAACGUCUUGGUUUGCAUGGCUCUCAUCCGCAUGCACCGCCAGUUCAUGCGGCGCACCUCCUUGGGGACGGACACCGCCUCCAGCCGCUUGUCAGACUUUCGCCGGCGCAGGAGCUUCCGACGCAUGGCCGGGGCAGAGAUCCAGAUGGUUAUUUUGCUCAUUGCCACAUCCUUGGUUGUGCUGAUUUGCUCCAUUCCUCUAGUGGUGCGCGUCUUUGUGAACCAGCUCUACCGGCCACCCGUAGUGAUGGCCAUCCAGAAAAACCCAGACCUGCAGGCCAUCCGCAUCGCUUCGGUCAACCCCAUCCUCGACCCCUGGGUGUACAUCCUCCUCCGCAAGACGGUGCUGAGCAAAGCCAUUGAGAAGGUCAAAUGUCUCUUCUGCCGCAUCGGAGGGGCCCACCGGCAGCACUCGGGAAGCAACUGCAACUGCACCGACGGCCGCAGGGCCUCGGUGGCCACGGCCAACCAUUCGCCAUCCUUCAUCUCUCGAGAACUGAGGGAGGUCAGCAGCACCUCCCAGACUCUUCUGUACCCCCUCGAGCCGAGCGAAGGCAUGGCUGGAGGGCGUAUGCUCUUGCCGGGAGCCACCAGCAGCCUGGCCCAGUCAGACACUACGUCCAUAAGGACACUGAGGAGCUCAGAUACCUCAGACUCGUCACAGGGUCAGAACUCCGAGAAGGUGUUUCUGGUGAACGAACUCCGGCCUGAUGGCGAGAUUGGCGCCGCCGCCUCCAAAGGCAGCUCUCUGCAAGUAACCUUCCCUUGUGAGACGCUGAACUUGUCUGAGAAGUGCAUAUGAGCAAAAGGAAGGAAGGAGGGACUGGUACGAUGGACAUAUCAGAUGUCAACCCAUCUGUGGGUCCUGCUGCUGCUGAGGUGCAGCCAAUGCCUAUGGGCGUGCCUACGGGCGUUUUCGCUUUCUCAGUCUGAUGGGAACCGUGUAGCCAUUCAGAGCGAGGUGAACUGGGAAGGGGCACCCAUGAGAGACAAAAUGGCAGCCAUCAGAGGUAGAAUCAAGCAUCCUAACGGCUUGGGAUGCUACACCUGGGCACUCUAGAUGUGCUGUUU